AAACAGUGGUCACACCCACUGAUGCUGGUGUCUCUCUCCACACUAUAGUCAAGGUGCUAGUUUCUGCAUAGAUUAUUUUGGGCUAGUUCAACUUGUGCUUUUACAAUCUACAGUAGUAAUGUUGACCACCAUGCGCUGGCUACUGUUUGGAUGUUGUGGGCUCGCCUUUGUGAACCUCUCAGUGGCUUUAAACAGGACCCUACAGGUCAUCCAGAAGCCUCGUUUCUAUGGGGUGAAGACCAAUAACAUUGUAACCAUAUCCUGUGUGGGAUCGGACAAAACCCAGCCUGCCACGGUUGACUGGUACAAGGCCUCAGAAUACAACGUUGUCCCAGUGAAGAGGAAGAUAGUCAAGAUAGAGGGGGAGCGGGUCACUGUGUGGAAAGUUGGCGUGACACAAAAUGCCUUGAUCAGAAUCAAACAUAUAGGGAUGGAGGACAGUGGAGUGUACUUCUGUCUGAUGAACAACAUCACCUGGGGGCCAGGGACAGAGCUACAAGUGUACAGAUCCUCUAACCCUGAAAGGGCAGAAAGGAGGAGCAAGCUGAAGGAUGCUUUGAUCUUUCUCCAGGCGCUACUCUUGACAUUGUUUGCUCUUGCCCCACUGCUACGCCACCAAUCCCUUUUGAAGAAGGAAGAUGCAAUUUACGAGGAACCUGAACAUGAUCACAUCUAUGAGGGCUUGGAGAUUGAGCAUUGUGGGGGUUUGUAUGAGGACAUCUCAGUGUAUGCCCAGCCUGGGCCAGCAGAGGGUGCUGCAGCUUGGAAGCAGGAGUGAGCUGCAUGGGGGCUGAGCUGGGGACUGAGCUGGGGACUGAGCUCUCCUGUCAUCCACUGCAUCUCAAUGCAUAUCUGGGCCCGUAUUCAUUAAGCGUCUCAGAAUAGGAUUGCUGAUCUAUGAUCAGUUUUGCCUCAUAGAUUAACAUGAAUAGACAAGGGGGACCUGAUCCAAGAUCAGCACCCGUACUCUGAGAUGCUUUAUGAAUACGUGUCUGGACUCAUAGGCUAAUGUCUCAUCCAUGGUGUUUCAGGAUGUAUCUUAUGUUUAGUGAUUUGUUCAGAUGACCACUAUUUCUUUAUGUUAUAGAUCCAUCCAUAUGGGUAAUGUCAUUUUAGAAUACAUUUUUGCAUGUUCUUUUUGAUAUGUUCUAUAUAAGAUACACGUAGAGGAACAGAUUGUUGAUUCAUGUUCCAAAUAGCAUAUUUUUCUCUCUUUUCAACUAUCUCAAAUGUGUUUGUUUUCUUUUCAGUUGUGUUUGAUUUGGUGUUUUUAUAAAGGAGUUUUGAGUUGGUGCUACUAUUUUGAUUGUUAUAUGAUAGGAUGAAUGCGACAAAGUUAGUUAUUGUAAUGCUUGUCUAAUGGGGCUUGUCCAUAGAAAGGCUCUCUCUUUUCAGCUUCUCCUGUUUCAGUUGUAAAUACUCAACCUGACCACACCCCUUCAAAUUGUAUCAAUGUGGGGGUUUUGUUAAGUGGACAUGUGGCUUGGAUAAAUAUGUAGGCUAUCCUUUGCUGAUUGCUAAUAAUGUUAUAAUUUUGCCUGUUCUAUGAUAUGGCAGCAUUGUAAAGUGGACUUUGCCUUUACUUUUUUUUCUUGUCUUUUGACAUUUGUUUCCAGAGAAAGUUGUUUUGUCUAGAUCUGUCAUUUUUGCCAAAACAUCACAAUGCCCCAAAGUACAAUUGUUUAGGAAUAUUAAAACUAUUACUAUACCAUGAAAUUAUUAAA